AUGGCCAAUCGCGGAAAGACUCUUGAUGAGAAGGUCUUUAGUAUUAAAGACCUGAAGGAGGAAGCUUCCAAGAAGCUUCCUCGGGCGUACAAAGAAUUCUUUAAUGAAGGAGCUAUGGACAUGAUAACAGUGCGGGACAAUGAGGAGGCCUACAAUCGCUACAAAAUCAGACCUCGGGUCCUCAGAGAUGUGUCCAACAUUGACACAUCCACCACCAUCUUUGGCGUGAAGGUGGCGCUGCCUUUCGGAUUCUCGCCUGCAGCAACUCACAAGUUGGCGCAUCCGGAGGGCGAGGUAGCCACAUCCCGAGCUGCUGCGGCGGCUGGCAUUCCCAUGGCACUCUCUGCGUACGCCACUUCUCUUGAAGAUGUCAUCGCGCAAGGCCAGGGGAACCCAUAUAUCAUGCAGUUUAGUAUCCUGAAGAAUCGAGAAAUCACUAGACAGAUCCUCCAGCGGGCGAAGCAGGCAGGAUACAAGGCCGUCAUGAUGACGGUGGACGCGCCGAUGCUUGGACGUCGCUUGAAUGAGUACAGGAACGCCUUUGGCCUGCCAGAAGGAAUGGGGUAUCCCAAUAUUGCCCCAGGAAUGGACAUGAGAAAUCUCGUCGAUCAAGGUCUUGACUUGACAUAUGAGGACGGUAUGAAUUGGGAGCAGGCCCUCAGCUGGAUAAGGGAGAACACCAAGCUGGAUGUAUGGCUCAAAGGAGUAUACACCGCCGACGACGUUGCACUGGCCAUCAAGCACGGCGUGGACGGUGUGCUCAUCUCGAACCAUGGCGGCCGGCAACUUGAUGGCGUUCCAGCUACUCUCGAUGCCCUGAGAGAAUGUGCCCCUAUCGCAAAGGGGAAGAUCAAAAUUGCAGUUGACGGUGGUAUCCGACGAGGCACUGACAUCUUCAAAGCUCUUGCCCUCGGUGCGGACUUCUGCUUCGCAGGACGAGUUCCCAUCUGGGGAUUGGCAUACAACGGAUCUGAAGGUGUGCAGUUGGCAGUCAAUCUGCUUCAUGAUGAGUUGAAACUAGCUAUGUGUCUUGCUGGAUGCAAGACUGUCAAAGACAUCAACAAGGGACAUCUAUCACUCCUUCAAGCCAAUGGAGUCUUAGCAAAGUUGUGA